GCGGGGUGCCGGCCUCUGGCUGGAGAAUCCGCGGGAGCGUGGCCGGGAGGCCUCGCCCCGGAGCGGGCCUGGCGCCUCGCGAGCCCGCCAGGCUCUGGGCGGAGGACGGAGUGUGGGCAUCUUCCUCCGGCCAGGAAAAGCAGAGAGUAUGAAAGCCUAUCUAAAGAGCGCAGAAGGCUUUUUUGUCCUGAACAAAAGUACGACGAUUGGAAGGCACGAAGACUCAGACCUUGUUUUAGCGUCUAAGGACAUCGACAACCAUCACGCGCUCAUUGAAUAUAAUGAGGCCGAGAGCAGCUUCGUUCUCCAGGACUUCAAUUCCCGCAACGGCACCUUCGUCAACGACUGCCACAUUCAGAAUGUGGCCGUGAAGCUGCUGCCCGGAGACCUCCUGAGGUUCGGGUCCGAAGGGCUGACCUACGAACUCGUCAUCGAAAACCCACCCCCGGUCUCCUUCCCGUGGAUGGGGGGCCCGGCACCUUGGCCAAGAUCACAGCCACCUCGGUUCACAGAGCAGCUGGCCCACUCACCUUUGCCGCCACAGAUGCCCUUCCAGCCGGGCGUCCGGCCAGCGCCAGUGCAGAAGAGCUGGUCCCAGGGGUUCCCCAGGCCAACCACGGCCCCGCCCGCCUGCCACAAGCGGCCCAUGAGCGCCUGCGGGAAGAUGUUCUCCUUCGUGGUGGAGAGCGCCCCCCAGUCUCCCGUCAUCAAGCAAGUGUGGGCCAGCGCCGCGGAGCUGCUGGAGCAAUCGGUGGCCGAGGGCAUGCCCGGGGCAGCCCCUCCCGGGGAGAUUUAUGUGGACCAGGACCUGGCCCAGCAGGACAAGGAUGAAAUCAUCCUGCUGCUGGGAAGAGAAAUCAGCCGCCUCUCGAAUUUCGAGCUCGAAUCCAAGUACAAAGACGCGGUGAUCGCGAACCUGCAGAACGAGCUGGCCAGCCUGAGUCAGACGCUGCUGUCGGAGACCACCUUCCCCAUGGGCGAGCGGGGGGCCUCGCAGAAGUGCCCGGUUCUGAACGAGGACAUCGACGCCAAGCACAGGGAGAUCCAGAGCUUGAAGAGCCAGGUCAGCGCCCUGCAGCAAGGCUACAGCCAGGUGCUGAGCCAGACCCUGUCGGAGAGGAACUCGGAAAUCACCUCCCUGAAGAACGAGGGCGAGAACUUACGGAGGGACAACGCCAUCACGUCAGGGAUGGUGUCCUCUUUGCAAAAAGACGUGAUCGCCAAGGAUGAGGAAGUGCAACAACUGAAGCAGGAGGUGAGCCAGCUGAAAAGUGAGAACAAAGAGAAGGACCGCCAGCUGGAAGCCAUCAGCUCCAGAUGCUCCGUGCUCAAAGAGGCGCUGAACAAGGAAGAUGCUCAGAAGGAGCACCGGGAAGCCCAAGAGAAAGAGCUGAAACUCAGCAAAUCCCAAAUCCAAAACAUGGAGAGAGAAAUGAGGAGGCUCAGGGAGGAGUUGAAGAAGAGUACUUCUGACCAGAGCAUGAUCUCUAAGACGCUUCGGGAAAAGAGCAAGGUUGAAGAGAAGCUUCAGGAGGAUUCCAGAAGGAAAUUGCUUCAGCUCCAAGAAAUGGGGAGCAGAGAGAGCCUCAUUAAAGUCAAUUUGGAAAGGGCAGUAGGUCAGCUGGAGCAUUUCAGGAGCCAGGUCAUCAGGGCCACCUACGGGCGAGCCAAGCCGUUCCAGGACAAGCCCGUCACCGACCAGCAGUUAAUAGAGAAGAUCAUCCAGGUCACGGAGGACAACGUCAGCUUUCAGCAGAAAAAGUGGAGCCUGCAGAAGGAGAGCCAGCUCAGCCACUCCAAGCAGGAGGCGCUCGCCGAGAGCAUCGAGAGGCUGCGGGCGUCGCUGGACAGCUGCCAGGCGCGCAUGAAGAUGUCUUGCUGCAGCACCGACCUGAAGAAGGAGGCGGAGCUCCUCCAGGCCCUGCAGGUGAGCCCACCUGUGUCCGGGCUCCAGAAGGCGGCGCUGGACCUGGUGCGCCUGUCGCAGUCCUGGCUGGAGGACACCGAGGGGCUCCUCCGGGACGUGGGCAUCCAGCUGCCCGGCUCCGACAAAGGGUUGUCUUUGUAUCUGAAGCAUCUUCUGGAACAUUAUAAAAAAGUCACGAUCCGGACCCAGGAACUUCAGAUCAAGGUCAGUAGUUCUCAGGAAACUCAGAAGUCUUUGCUGGAAGAGAAACUACGGGAGCAUCUGGCAGAGAAGGAGAAGCUGAGCAAAGAGAGGCAACAGCAAGAGGAGAAGCUGAGGGCCAGAGUCAAGUGGCUGAUGGAAGAGAAGGCGGCUUUGGAGGAAAGAAUUACUGAAGAGAAAAACAGAGCGAAAGAAGCAUUAGAGGAAGAACAGAGGAAAGUCCAGGAGCUGGAGGAUCGCUUAAGCCACCAGAGGAAGGCUUUGGAGGAGAGCUUUAUGCAAGAGAAAAGCAGAGUGAAGGAAGCACUGGAGGAAGAACAGAGGAGAGUCUACGAGCUGGAGAAUCGCUUAACCCGCCAGAAGGAGGUUCUGGAGAGCAGCGUGGCCCAUGAGAGGAAAGUGAAGGAGGCCUUCGAGGCCGAAAGGAGGCGCGUGCAGGACCUGGAGAACCACCUCAUCCAGCAGAAGGAGAUCUCAGAGAGCAGCAUCGCCCACGAGAAACAGAAAGCGAGGGAGGCCGUCGAGAAGGAAAAGCGGAGGGUGCAAGACCUGGAGAACCGCCUGACCAAGCAGAAAGAGGAAAUGGAUGUGAAAGUGCAAAAGGAAGAUGUUCUAAAUAAUAAAUUAAAUGAGGCGCUGGCCAUGGUAGAAGAGAGUCAGAGAACAAAGGCGUCCGAGAGUCUGAAAGCAGAGAGCCUGGCCAUGAAAUUAAAUGAGGCGUUAGCUGAACUGGAAACCGCCAAGACAAAGAUGAUCAUGAUGGAGGGGCGGAUACAGCUGCAACAGCAGACCAUCAAGGCCCUCCACGAAGAACAAGAAUCACAGAAACGGGGGUUUGAAGAAGAAGUCGUGGAGUACAAGGAGCAGAUCAAACAGCACUCCCUGACGAUAGUGAGUCUAGAAAAAAGACUCAAGAAAGUGACCGAGCAUCACAAGAAAAUAGAAGAAGAGAUCUCAACUUUGAAGGACAAUGACCUGGCCCAGGAGAAGGGAACGCAGCAGGACCGUCCCCCGGGGCCCCCGCUGGAGAGCCGCACCAAAGACGCAGUGUGUGACCACAUGAUAGAGGACUUACUGACUGCUCAGAAGGAAAUCCUGUCUCAGCAGGAGGUCAUCAUGAACUUAAGGAAAAACCUUACGGAAGCCCACGGCCGAAUGUCAGAUUUGAGAGGGGAGCUUAAUGAGAAGCAGAAGGUGGAACUGGAGAGGAACGCGGCCCUGGUCCAACAGCAAAACAGAGAGCUGGGUGCGCUCAAGGAAAAGAUGGCCCAGGUGACCAGUCUGGUGGAGAAGAAGGACCGGGAGCUGGAGGUCCUCAAGGAGGCACUCAGGUGUGUGAGAAGGUCUGCACGGCGUGCAGAGCCCAGAGCCUGCCAAGAGAAACGCAGGCCCCAGCCGCCCAAGGAGAAGCCCCCGAAGCCCAGGAGCGCGGCCCAGAUGUGUGACAUCUCGGUGCAGAUGGAGCCCAUCCUCACCGACACUUUCGUGAGCAGCCAGGAGGAGCAGUCCUUCUGCGACCUGGGGGCCAAGUGCAAAGGGUCCCGGCACGAGGAGGUCAUUCAGCGUCAGAGAAAGGCCCUAUCCGAACUCCGGGCGCGAAUUAAAGAACUCGAGAAGGCGGGCUCAUCAAAUGAUAAGGUCCACCAGAAUAAAUCAUUUCAAGACUUAAAGACUCUCAGAAUGGAAAAACAUGUCCAGAAAAUGUUGGACGCAAAGCCCGAUUGGCCAGCUCUCUCAAGACUGGAGAUCCAAGCGUCUCAAAAUGGCUUUGCCCACCUGGCCACCGAGAAGCCGGGGAAAAUGGACGUGGCCGAGGCUUUGGAUCUCAGUGAAAAGCUGUACAUGGACAUGAGCAAGACGCUGGGCAGCCUGAUGAACAUCAAGGACAUGGCCGGUCACGUGUCCAUGAAACACCUCUCCCCCAAAGAGAGGGAGCGGGUCAACCAGCUGCGGCAAAGGGACCUGGACCUGGUGUUCGAUAAGAUCACCCAGCUCAAGAGCCGGCUGGAGCGGAAGGAGGAGCUGUUGAGAGGAUACGAACAGGACGUUGACCAGCUCAGGCAGAGCAAAGUGUCCAUUCAGAGGUACCAGUCUCAGGUGGCGAAGCUGGAGGACGACAUCUACAAGGGGGCCGAGGAGAAGGCGCUGCUGAAGGAGGCCCUGGAGCGCACGGAGCAGCAGCUGCGCCAGGAGAAGAGGGUCAACAGGGCCAGGAGGCAGCAGCAGGAACGUUCAGAGGAUCACGAGCUGAGAAAUGCGAAAGAAUCGACAUCUUGCAACUGUGCCUUCAAAGAGAAAGAGAGGCAGAGGCGGGUGUUUGUAGAGACGGUGAAGAACAAGAUGCAGAACUCCGGUUUGCAGGCUGGAGCCAGAAAAGCCGCCCCAAAGACAGACCAAGAAAGAGAGACGCUGAAGAGCAAAUCCAGCCAGAGUCUGCAGGUCUCCAAGCCUGGCGGAAGGAGCUAGAAAUGCCAUCGGCCGGCCUUGCACGAUCCUCUACUUGGAGCUGGAGCAGCCAUUUGGGGAUCACGAGGCAGCAAGCAAGAGGCUAAAGCCAGCCUCCAAGGACAACGGAAUGGAAAGAUGAGAAGGGCCCGGGGCCGCAUCCCUGUGCUCUGCACCAUGCCUGCACUGCCUACCUCUGUACUUCCUGUUGUGGAAGACAAUAAAUUUCUUCCUGUUUAA